AUGGAUUUGGCGAACUUCGCUGCCACGGACUUGGAGGAAGCGUUGCGCCGAUCCGUUGGAGGCAAUGAAGUUCUUGGGGCCCCGAGCUCCAUACCGGUUGCUCCGGCACUGCGCUGCACGAUGUUGUUGAGCACUUUGUUCUUCAGCGUUUUCUUGGCUGUCAUACUGUUGCGGUUAAGCCGGUUUGUCUCCAACAUUAAAGAGGUCACAACUUCUUCUAUCGAGGCACGCCUGGUGAAGGCAACGGAAGCCCUUUCAUUAGUUCCGGUGAUUGCCAUACUUAUGAUCGGAACUCGACUUCGUGCGGUCCAGCUGGCCGGAAAUGCUCUUGGUGCACCGCCACUUUGGGCACAGCUGUGCAUGUACGGUGCGACCCUUGCGUGCUUUGUUCGCUUUAUCGCGGACGUGUCGUCGGCUCGGCAUGGCAGCUCUGAGAUACAGGACACCAUCAUGACUGCGAUGGUUGGCGUUCGGCACACUGCCACGGCCUUUCUGUUCAUGUGCUGCGGCGCCAUUGUUCUCAGCACCGUGGUCAUGCAGGCAGGAAGUGGUGACAGUGAGCCGCUGGGACCGUCCAUGCACUGUACGCUGGCGCUGGUUGUGUCCUACUUGGUUGAGAGCGGCAUCCGGGAGAUUGCGGCCGCGCCCCGCAAAGCCCGAAAGAUGGAGGAUCCCCCCUAUGGUGCCAUCUCGCCAAUGUCGAACUCGGAUUUGGAAGAAGACAGAUUAGUCCUUCCAGCGCGAAUGUCGCUGCAGUUUCCGCCAAUGUUGUGUGUACUCUUGGUUGCAAUCGCCCUGCGGGCAGUGCAGCUGCAAUUGGAGACCAGGCCUUGGGCAGCAUUCGCCAUGUACCUGACCACUCUUGCCACAAUUGUCCAGGCGGCACGAUCGAUAUACGCCAUCAUCCAUAGCCAGGAAAUUCCGAAAGGGUCGUGCUUGCUGGGCGAUGAAGCUGCCGGUCCUGCCUGUUCCCCCAAUGCGGCAUCGGACCGACAGUCAUUGGGUGCAUUCUGGGCCGGCACGACAUGCUGCAUUUAUGUCGGAACGGUGGUGGUGUUGUUCAGCGUUGCAGUGAUGGAGUCGAAAGGCAUGUCGCCGGCAUCUGCCGCAUCUCCACCACUCUCCACUGCCAUGCAAUGCGUUAUGACCUUGACCGUGGUCUACUAUCUCGCCAACUUGGCAUUGCUGGUGGGCAACUUCCUGCGCCACACUUUGGGGGCCUGGGCUACAAACUCCGCUGGGGCCGUCCAGCGGAGCCUGGCUUUUGCACCGAUGCUCUGCGUGAUGAUGAUAGGCUGCCGCCUCAGGGCCAUGCAGAUCGGAGUCCGCGAUCCACCCUACUGGGCCCAGUGCAGCAUGAUGGUGGCCACUGCAGCGGUGGUCAUCCAAGUGAAGUGCAGCCUCGUGGCAGAGAGCGAGCUGAUGACCGAGCAGUUGAUCGACAGGGAUAUUGCGACGAAGGUGGCCGUUCUGCUCAUCUUGGCUUUGCGCUACGUUGCCUCCGCCAUUCUCUUCUUGUCCGUGGCAGCGCUGAUGGUAUCAGUGGUCGGGGACCUACGGGGCUGCUGGCGCAACCAUUGGCCCAUGCGCCAGAGGGUUUCGAGGAUGAAGGUCUCCAUCUCACUUGAAGGUCGCUCUCUGCUUCGCGUUCGGAGGCAGUCAGGAAGAUAG